GUUAUAUUCUGUGGUUAUAUUGUUGUAUUAUUUUUUCUUCGCUACUUAAAUUCUAAUAUUUUUAUUUUUUGUUUAUUAUCAAAAAAGUUUAGUUUGAAUAGUUUAAACCCGAAUAUUGUAUUUAUUCAAACAGAUUGAAGCUUUAUUUAAUUAUUCGUAGUUUACCAUUCACAAUAGUCAAUACCAUUAGUUGGGUACGAUAAAUAUCUACAGAACUCUUAACAUAGUUUUUAUCAUUGGAGAGAUCCAGACAAGCUUUAUCGAAUUAAUUACACUAAAAUGCUUGACAAAAUCUUAUACAAUACUGUAUUAUGCCAAAGUUUCUCACCUUGCGGAAAGUAUUUAGUAGCCGGUAAUAUAUACGGUCAAUUAGCAGUUUUUGACUUAGAUUGUAUUUUUAAUCCAACCCCAGAGCUACUGUCACCAGACUACAAUAAAGCUAAACAAAUUCAUACCCUUGAUUCAGGCAAACAAAUAUGUAGUCUAGUUAGUACUAAAAAGUUUUUAAUAGCUGGAACAGUUAAUGAAAUUUAUGGUUGGGAUUGGAAAUCCAUUCUCAAUGUGAAAUUAAGCAAACCAGCAUGGACAGUGCGGAUAAAAUCAGAAUCAAUAAUACACCAAUCUGAUAUCAAUUGCCUAUGGCUUUCUGACAAUGAAGAGCGGUUGUAUGCCGGCUGUGGUGACAAUAAAGUGUAUGCCAUUAACUUGGAAGAUGGUAGCUUGGUACAGACUUUAAGUGGACAUGACAAUUUUGUGCACAGUGUGCAUGGCAAUAAUCAACAACUUAUUUCUGCUGGUGAGGAUGGCUUAGUUUUGCUCUGGGAUUUGAGAACUAGCAAAUGUCAAAAUAAAAUAGAACCAUACAAGAAUAGUAAAGUUGCUAGACCUGAUGUGGGCAAGUGGGUUGGUGCAGCAUCACUAGGAGAUGAUUGGCUUGUAUGUGGCGGAGGCCCACGUCUCGCAUUAUGGCAUCUACGCUCUUUGGACGCUGUCACAGUCUUUGAUAUCCCCGAUCAUGGCAUUCAUGUGGCGUCUUUCCUUGACGAUUGUGUCCUAGCGGGAGGAACGGCCAAACAUCUUUAUCAGCUCAGCUACUCUGGAGACGUUAGAGUUGAACUGCCUGUGUCUUCAACAACCGUGUACUCUGCCAUUGUACGGACUAGCCCAAAUAAAGUUAUAUCCAUUGCGGGUUCAAGUAUGGACAUUGAUCUGUGUACUUCGUUUAAUUAUAGGGAUCAAGUGUUACAUUUUAGAUAAUUAAAUGAUUUUGCUUUA